UCUAUGAAAACGGUUAAAAAAUUAUGCACCUAGUUCUUUAAAGCAUUAAUUCGUAUAUUAACUAAUCAAGCAAGCCGUUGACAAAAAUGGUUGACAUAGCCUAUUUACCUUAUUGUUGACGUAUUGGAAUCAAUUUUGCUGGCGCCUUUAAACCAAUGACAGGAUGUCGUUUCAGAGUCUCGACUCGGAUGAGUUCGGUUUAUUGUCCAGCCGAUCGUGUUCUCCCAGCGGCGUAGACACCAUUUCGCAGCAGUAUAAUAGUUUGGAGUAUGCUGGAAAAGAUGAAACACAAAGUCCAAGGAAUACAACACCACUGGUGGUGAAUGAUCGCUCCUUAUACCAGACCAUGUUCAUGUCUGAUCUUGCGUCUAAAGAAGAAACAACUAAAAAUGAGAGUUCAGGAGAUGUUAAUUCUAUAGACAGACAAGAUUGGGGAUUUACUGAUUUUAUAAAGCAACCCAACUCAAGUUGUCAGUCUGAUCUUUUAUCAUACGAUGCUGUGUCUCCGCCUGGCUCCACCCAUUCUGUAACAGUAAGCUGGGACACAUCAGAAACAAAAUCUGUUCCGGUAACUGUAUGUUUGAACACCUCGGAAACAAGCACAGUGCCAGUAUCGGUUAGCUGGAACACGUUGAGGACGAGCACUUUACCGGUGACAGUGACAUACAGUACAUUAGGUACUAUAUCUGCGGAACAUCUAAGGGACGAAAAUAGUAUACUGCCACAUCCAGAUGAAGAACAGUUUGCAGAUGCCUAUGACAGGGUAUCAUUUGAUGGACCAACACAACAUCAAUCCACACUGGGGAUCUGGCA